UAAUGACGGAACCGACUUUGCAGAACUAAAUGAGUUAAUACGCGGACAGUGCUUGACACAUAACAGAUUCUGUUUACGUGUUUGCUGUCAGUAUUGUUCCCACUUCUUUAGGGCUUGCUAUCUCCUCUUGGAAGAGGGCAGUGAGCAGGCCUCACGCACAGAACCGAGGGCAUACAGUCGUAUCUGGCUGGACUGUAAUAGCAGCAUUUCAUGUUCACUGAGGGGGAGAUGCAGAUCAGUGCUGGGAUCUGUUGGCGCAGCUACACUCAAGGCUCUGUUUUGCUGUAGCUUCACAUGCCCGUUCUACAGAUGAAAAAAGAGCCCCACUGACCUGCCCAGCAUCACAGAGCAGGUGGAGAGCCCCACCUACGGUGCUCCUUUCUUCUCUCCUGCUCUUCUCUGGAACUUUCUUCUUCCUGUGUCCUCUACCCCGCCUAGUGGAACACAAUCAGCUACCGGCAGAGUUUUCAACUCCUUGUCCACCGCUCCACUACCAUGAAAGCCCUGAUAGAUACAAGCCCAAGGAGCCCCCACCUGGGUUCAAGCAGGCGCCCGGGAAUGGCGCAGCCAUCUCUAAUAGAGAAGGGGGUCCUGAGAGAUUAAACGGUGGACGGGCCCAUUCCCCAGCCAUCAGAUGGUGCUGAGGGGGCAAUUCUCAUCAGCUGGCCUCCCUCAUGAUGCCCUACCACACCCAGAGGGAGUCACGACCAGUUCUGGCAACAUAUACAUUAUAGGUACAUCGCACAGGGAUUGUGCUGGAAGGCCCCUCCAAACCAGGCCUGGUACACCUUCCUAGCCCCUUGUCAUGUCACACCCCACACUCCAACCUCCAUGGCCACCUUCCUGCUCUACAAACACGGUGACCCCUUCCCUGCUCCACGCCUCUGCCUGGAAGGCGCAUUCCCUAGCGAUGCACAGGGCCGGCUCUUCACCUCUAGAUCUCGUCCCACAGCGAAAUCACGGCUUCCCUCCAGCCUGAGGAAGUGACCUCCCGUCUCCACCCUCCUACCUCUCUGUCACAUUUCCCUGCUCCAUGUCCUUCCUGGACCCGUUCCCUUCUGAAAUUAUACACACUGGUUUCAUGUAUUCUCUGCUCUCUCUCUCUCCACGCCAGAAUGUAAGGUCCAAGAAGGCAAAAACAUUUCUAUCUUGUUCACAAUGUAGACAGAGCACCAAUGACGGCACCUGCUUCGUACAAGGGCUCAGAAACACCCCCUGUGUGGAGGAAGAAAUGCCAGCCUCCAGGAGAGGUGACCAAGGCCAAGUGGGCUCAGAGCCUCCAGUCAGCUUUCUUUACCUUCUGGCUCCCAGAAAGCAACCCCCAUGUUGAAUGCUGGCCAUGAAUGACUUCAGGUCCACCACCAAGUCCACCACCCAAAUUUGGAGCUUGGUACUGUAGGCUGCAGGGAGACGAGACCCAACCCUCGGCUGGGGAGGACUCGGAAGACUGGCUUUCGACGCGCAGUUUACAGUUUGAGAGGCUCACCUUGGCUGACCUGCUUAGCCAGGGCACCGCCGUGCUGGAGGAGGGCAGCAAUAUCACGAGGAAAGUGCACUUCUCUACCCAGAUCAUCCGCCAGUUCGAAUCCAAGCUUUCUGAGGCUGUGGAACUCUAUCAGCAGAGAAUCCAGUGGCUUGCAGAAAACAGCAGGAAGGUAUUUGGCCUCAUCAAGGGAGCCAGAGUGGGCAUUGUCAUUGAUGCGUCAGCCGUCAGCAGUGGCUCUCAGAAAGAGGAGUUCCAAAAUGACUUCCUGAGCCUCGUUGAGGAGCAGCUGAGCCACAAAGAGAAGCUCUAUGUCCUGUCCUUCGGCUCCACCGCCAGCGCCCUCUGGCCAGAACCGGCGGAAGUGAGCUCCUCCACCCUCCAGGAACUGAAACUCUGGGUGAAGAAGCUACGGCCUGAGGGAGGCAGCAAUUUGCUACAAGCCCUGAGGAAGAUCUUCACCCUGAAGGAGCUGAAUUCUCUGGUGACCAUCAUGAGAAGCUGCCCAGAUCAGCCUUCUGAAGUUCUGUCUAACUACAUCCAACAGUCCACCUUGGGAAGGGGCCUCAUCACCCACAUCAUCACCUACAAAUGUAACAAUCAAGUCCCCCUUGCUGUCCUAAAGAACCUUGCAGAAGCUCUUGGGGGCUACUACCACUGCUACAGCCCAGAAACAGAGGUCUACACUAGCUGGGACACGGACCGGCUGCUGGCAGAAAUCCAGAAAGCCCAGAGCCUCCUGGGCCACAUCCAAGCCUUGCGCCAUAGGACCCCCUGUGAGGAACUAACCAGCAUGAUGAAGGAGAUUUCCACAGAGAUUGCAAAAGGGCCACUCACAGGUCUCUUGCCUAAACCCCCAAAGCAUGAGGGUCCCCUCACAAUUGAGUUCCCAAACUUGGACAAGACUUCUGCAGAAUGGCUAAAGAUCAAUGGCCUAAAAGCCAAAAAGCUAAGCCUUUAUCAGGUUCUGGCACCCAAUGCAUUCUCUCCUGUGGAGGAAUUUGUGCCCAUUCUCCAGAAAACAGUCUCUUCAACUAUCCAUGAGAAAGCAAUGGUACAGUUUGAAUGGCAUGAUGGGACAGUGAAGAAUGUUCACGUGGACCCACCCUUCCUCCAUGAGUACCAGAAACAGCUCAGCAGAGCUCUUCGGACAUACGAGAGACGGAUCGAGUGGCUCUCCCUGGCCAGCCGAAGAAUCUGGGGCACCGUCUGCGAAAAAAGGGUGGUUAUACUGCUGGAUAUCUCUGUGACCAAUUCCAUGUACAUUAUUCAUAUCCAGCACUCCCUGCGGCUUCUGCUGGAGGAGCAGUUGUCCAACAAGGACUGCUUCAACAUCAUCGCAUUUGGAAGUACGAUUGAAAGCUGGAGGCCUGAGAUGGUUGCCGUGAGCCACGAAAACCUACAAAGUGCCUGGCGGUGGGCACUGAGCCUGCGGUGUCAGGGAAGCCGGAAUGUCCUCAGCGCCCUGCGGAAGGCUGUGGAAGUGGACUUCAAGGACAAAGACAAAUACCAGUCCCAGGGCAUCUACCUCUUCACGGGGGGCAUCCCUGACCAGGACAUGCCCCUGCUCAGCGCCUACAUGGCUGAGGCCUGUGGGGGCUGCGACCUCCAGCUGAACGUGUGUCUCUUCUACGUGGGCGAGCCUCAGAUGGACCUCACGCCCCCGGCCCACUAUGCCAGCCGCACUGACACAGCCGCCGCCUACCGGGAGGUCACCCAGGCUACUGCGGGACGCUUCCACUGGUUUGGAGACACAGGUAUUUUCGAAAGCGAUGACAUCAAUGCCAUCAUGUCUGAGAAGGAAAAGGCUUUCAACUACUCCCAGAAGUGUGCCUUACUGGUGUCUUCCCUGAAGAAACAGUCUGGAAAAGAACUGGAAAGCGCCGUUCUCCUGAAGGAAAAGCCAAAGUUAUUCAAGCAAAGAAGUCAGCCCAAGAAAGUCUUUUCCUCCAAACCCGCCGCUGCCUCAGUGGCCAGAAUGAGCCUUAAAGAUGACCCCGACAGAGAGAAGAGCUCCCCCCUGCACACUCUGACUUGGCGGCCCCCCAGUGGCAGAGCAGGCGUCCCACCAGCUGCAGCCCGGCCUGUGAGAGAAGGUCCUGCAAAACGGAGGAGGAAGACCGCGUGGAGGGAAGCAGAGACCUCUCUCUCCCUUUUUUAUACAGAAUCGGGGAAUAACGUGGGCUUCGUAUACAAGAAGUCCCCUCAAGGAAGGGGCAUACGAAGGGUCAGCACGUCCAUCCAGUUGCCCAGGAAGGAUACAGUUUGCUCAAGCCAAGAGUGGGUAGCAAAUCAUGGGCUAAAAAAACUGAAUAUGGAAAUCUCCAGAUACAUGGGUCCCAGCUGCACUCAUCAGAAGUCAGUCCAGGGGCUGGUGGCAGCCAAACACUGCAGCAUCCUGCCCAGCAUAGAAAUCGACGGGAUAGUGAGACACAUCCACUGGACGCCCAGGGAAAUGGAAGCGUACAUCACGGGCCUAGAGAAGGUGAUGAGGCGCUACGUCCAGAGGCUGCAGUGGCUGCUGUCCGGGAGCCGCCGACUGUUUGGUGCCGUAUUGGAGAGCCGAGUGUGCAUCCUGGUGGACACGUCGGGGUCUGUGGGCCCCGCCCUGCAGCAGGUGAAGACGGAGCUGAUCCUGCUGAUUUGGGAGCAGCUGCGGAAGCACUGUGACAGCUUCAACCUGCUCAGCUUUGCGGAGGACCUGCGACUGUGGCGGGACACUCUGGUGGAGACCACUGACGCGGCAUGCCACGAGGCCAUGCAGUGGGUGACCCGCCUGGGCGCUCAGGGCGGCACCUCCAUCCUGCAAGCGUUACUGGCAACUUUCAGUUUUCCUGAUGUGGAAGGAUUGUACCUCCUGACUGACGGGAAGCCAGAUACAAGCUGCAGCCUUAUUCUAAGCGAAGUCCAAAGACUCAAGGAGCAAAGAGAUGUGAAAAUCCACACCAUUUCCCUGAACCGCUCAGGCAGGACAGCAGCUGACUUCCUGAGAAACCUGGCCGCCCUUACUGGGGGCCGCUACCACUGCCCCGUUGACGAGGACACACUCCUCAGAAUCCACGGCCUAUUGACCAAGGGUUUCGUGGACGAAAGGGAUCCCGUGUUGCCACCGUUUGAAGGAGAUGAUUUAAGGAGAUUGGCCCAGGAGAUCACCAAGGCCAGAAGAUUCCUCUGGAAGGCCCAGUCCUUCAGGUCCCAACUCCAGAAGAAAAACAACAAAGAACCAAAUGUUACUCCUCUUUAGACAAGUGUUCUCAGCCACAGAACUGUCACUCCCUGGGAAGCUCUGCAUCACGCCCUGCCUGGGACACCCUCUCCCCACCCUCUGCCCGGUGACUCCUGCUCAUCAGUGAAGAUACAGCUCCAAUGGCAUCAGCUCCACUGUGAAGAGGCCCCUGAGACCCACCAAGAGCUGGGACCCUCCUGCCUUCCUUCCAUUGUGUCCUGGCCAGACAACCCUUUUCAUAGCCAUGACACUGACCACUUAUUACACCCAGCACUCCGUGGCAUGCUUCCUUGCUUCCCUGCCCACUUUUCUUGACUGUGUGCUCCCAGGAUGAGGCUGGUGUCCUAUAACCAUCUCUAGGUCCCCAGGACCUGCCACGGGGCUGAUGGAGUAAACUGUGAGCAUCCUGCUUGGUUGUGGAAGCUCAGCUCUAGAAACCAGCCAGAGCGUGAACCCCUCACUCUGUGCUUCCAACCACCCUGGUCCAUGGUGAGGGGAGGUGCAGAUUCAGCCUCAGCCCAUCUUGGGAAAAGAAACAAGUGGGGCUUCCCACCUGCCCCCUUACCUGUUCAACCGAACUGGAUUGCAGGUCUGCUCUGGAGCCAAGUGCAGAGAGAGAGAGAGAGAGCGCGCUGCUCAAGCAGGUGAAAACCAGGCUGCGUCUGCUGGGCCCAGCCCUGCUGUGUACAUAUGAAGCAAAUAUAUCAUGUAUUAUGUGGUCUGGGGUUACUCCUGAGACGAAAAAAAUGGCUUGAAUUUAAUUAAAUGAUAACCCAAAUGAG